GACAUGGUGUUUUUAUAAAUAUGGGGAAUGGCGGCGGAUUUGCAAGCUAAAAUYCAAAGAUUAGGACAGAGAUUGAAGGAGGAAUACAAUACAAAGUCACCRGAAUUAGAUAUAGAAGGCGAAAAAACCAAGCCACCAAGUAGAGCUCUUCUAGGGUUAACUCUAAGCCCCGGGAGGAAGCCACGACCAGCUAACCUAUCUAUUGAUGGAUCCUCCAAACCAAGGCGAAGGUUUCAUGUAAGAAAGCUUAGCAAUAAAGGUGGAGAAGAUGAAAGCAUUGAAAAGAAACUGAAAGAGAUCAAUAAACAGACAGGGAUCCUUAGACUUGAAGGAAAGAAAUAUGAAUUCAAUAUUGAUGACUUGGAGCUACAGGAUGAGAUUGGUUGUGGUACYUGUGGACAGGUAUCUAAAAUGAAGCACAAGAAAUCAGGACAAGUGCUAGCUGUCAAGAGAAUGGCAAGAAGUCAUAAUAAGGAAGAACAGAAAAGAAUCCUUAUGGAUCUUGAAGUUGUUAUGAAAAGUCAUGAUUGUCCUUUUAUUGUGAACUGUGUUGGUUGUUACAUAUCAARGUCCGAUGUUUUCAUAUGCAUGGAGCUUAUGACCACCUGCCUUGACAAAUUAAUAAAAAGACUCAAAGGACCAAUACCUGAAUAUAUUCUAGGAAAAAUGGCUGUUGCUAUUGUGAAGGCUUUGCAUUAUUUAAAGGAAAAACAUGGAGUGAUGCAUAGAGAUGUAAAACCAUCAAAUAUGCUGCUGGAUUCAAGUGGUUGUGUCAAGUUGUGUGAUUUUAGCAUUAGUGGAAGACUGGUUGACUCYAAAGCAAAAACAAAAGGAGCUGGUUGUGCUGCUUAUCUCGCUCCUGAAAGAAUUGACCCCCCUGACCCUAUGCACCCYGAUUAUGAUGUUAGAGCAGAUGUUUGGAGUCUUGGUAUAUCUUUGGUGGAGUUAGCAACUGGAGUGUUUCCAUACAGAGACUGUACUACAGAGUUUGAAGUUCUAACAAGAGUUAUGAGUGAGGAUCCCCCUCAACUACCCAGUGAUAAAGACUUUUCRGAGGAAUUUUGUGCAUUUGUUAAUGAAUGCUUAAUAAAAGAUCAUAAUUACAGACCUAAAUACGAUAAGCUACUGCAACAUCCCUUCAUUAAGAGUUACGAAUCAAGAGAAGUAGAUGUUGCCAGUUGGUUGAAAGACACAUUACGCAGGCCCGAGAAAAUGUCUUAAUUAAUUAUGAGAAUUAUUAUUAUUACUGCUCAUUGUCUCUUAAAGAUAUGGGUUCUAUACAGUUUUAUAUUAUUGUAAACUAGAUUAUUUUCAAUAGGGAUUUUACAGUGUAUAUUUUUGGUGAUACAAAAAAGGCAGUGAACAUGCAGUAUUCUGUGUGUUUAGUGUCUUGCUCAUAUAGGCAAGAGGUCAUUUCCUUUUUUUUGUGUAAACCACAAUAUUGCCCUAUGCAUAAUGACAUUACUGUAACAGUAUGUUUACAUUGUGGAUAGAUGCUCAGAAAGACUCAAUUUUCCGAAAGUAGAA